GGGCGCAUCGGGCCGCUCCUCGCCGCGGGCCGCCCGGGGGCGUGCGGGCGCCGGGGGCGCCUAGGCUGCGGGCACUGCGGGGCUGCGGGCUCGGCGCCCCGGGGAGGCGGGCGCCCCAGCCGGCCGCGAUCGCGGGAUUUCUGAGCCAGGAGAGGAGGGUCGCUGGAGCCCAGGGAUGGCGAAGUUUGUGACACUUGGGCAGAAGCUGCAGCUGCAGGGCCAGGGCCAGGGCCAGAGCUAAGUGAUGGUGCGAUUUGAGUACCUGCUGGCAAUGGGGCAGGAGGAACAGUAACCCCAGGAGAGCACAGGCUGCUGCCAGGAUGUGGGGAUGACGCCUCCAGAGGCCACGGCCUCCCUCCCGCCUGGGUGCUAGGAGCCGACCUGGGCUCCAGCCGGGAGCCCUGCCGCCCAGGGGCAUGGCCAAACCCUUCUUCCGACUCCAGAAAUUUCUCCGCCGGACCCAGUUCCUGCUCUUCUUCCUCACGGCCGCCUACCUGAUGACUGGCAGCCUGCUGCUGCUGCAGCGGGCCCGCGUGGGCCUCCCGCCGGGCCCCCGGGCCCCCGGCCCCCUGCAGGACCUGCCCGUGGCCGCCGUGGCGCUGGGCGUGGGCCUGCUGGACAGCCGAGCCCUGCACGACGCCCGGGUCGGCCCGGAGCUGCUGCUCGGUGUGGACGUGCUGCGGGGCCCCCUGGCCCGGCCCCGGCCCGGCCCCCGCUGGCUCCGCAGCCGCAACUCGGAGCUGCGCCAGCUGCGGCGCCGCUGGUUCCAUCACUUCAUGGGGGACGCCCAGGGGCCGCCCGCCCUGGGCCCCGAGGCCCCCAGGCCAGCCGCCAGCAGCCGAGGCACAUACAUGGGAUGCUUCAGUGACGACGGCCAGGAGAGAACUCUGAAGGGGGCUGUAUUUUUUGACUUGAGGAAGAUGACUGUCUCCCACUGCCAGGAUGCGUGCGCUGAGCGGUCCUACAUCUACGCCGGCUUGGAGGCCGGGGCCGAGUGCUACUGUGGGAACCGGCUGCCAGCGGUGAGCGUGGGGCCAGAGAAGUGUGACCACGAGUGCAGAGGGGAGAAGAGCUCCGUGUGCGGGGGUGUGGGCCGGCUCUCCGUGUACCGCGUGGAGGAGCUGCAGCCCAGCUCCGGGAAGCGGAGGACCGUCACAUACCGGGGCUGCUUCCGACUGCCGGAGAACAUCACACAUGCCUUCCCCGACUCCCUGGUACAGGCCAACGUGACUGUGGAGGUGUGCUCAGGAUUUUGUUCCCAGAAAGAGUUCCCCUUGGCCAUCCUCAGGGGCUGGGAGUGCUACUGUGCUUACCCCACCCCUCAGUUCAACCUGCGGGAUGCCGUGGACAGCGCACUGUGUGGCCAGGAGUCUGAGGCCCAGAGGCUGGCGGAGUACUGCGAGGUCUACCAGACGCCUGUGCAGGACACUCGGUGCACAGACCGGAGGUUCCUGCCCACCAAAUCCAAAGUGUUUGUGGCUCUGUCGAGCUUCCCGGGAGCCGGAAACACAUGGGCGCGGCACCUCAUCGAGCACGCCACCGGCUUCUAUACGGGGAGCUACUACUUUGACGGAACUCUCUACAACAAAGGGUUCAAGGGCGAGAAGGACCACUGGCGGAGCCGGCGCACCAUCUGCGUGAAGACCCACGAGAGUGGCAGGAAGGAGAUUGAGAUGUUCGACUCGGCCAUCCUGCUGAUCCGGAACCCGUACAGAUCCCUGGUGGCCGAGUUCAACAGGAAGUGCGCCGGGCACCUGGGCUACGCGGCUGACCGCAACUGGAAGAGCAAAGAGUGGCCAGACUUUGUCAACAGCUACGCGUCGUGGUGGUCCUCGCACGUGCUGGACUGGCUCAAGUACGGCAAACGGCUGCUGGUGGUCCACUAUGAGGAGCUGCGGCGCAGCCUGGUGCCCACGCUGCGGGAGAUGGUGGCCUUCCUCAACGUGUCCGUGAGCGAGGAGCGCCUGCUGUGCGUGGAGAACAACAAGGAGGGCAGCUUCCGGCGGCGUGGCCGGCGCCCGCACGACCCCGAGCCCUUCACCCCCGAGAUGAAGGACUUGAUCAACGGCUACAUCCGGACGGUGGACCAGGCCCUGCGUGACCACCACUGGGCCGGGCUGCCCCGGGAAUAUGUGCCCAGAUGACAGGCCCCGGGCCCCUCUGCCUGCCCCACCGGGAGCCGGCCGCGCCCACGGGGCUGCGCACGUGCUCAGGUGCUCGGCUGCUGCCUCCCCGGGGUGCCCAGGUGCCUGUGCCACCCGCCCCGGGGCUGCCUCCCUCCCGCACAGGGAGACCCGAUGUCACGGGACGGACGCAAAGGGACACACGCUCCUAGCCAGACCCGCUCAGACCUGCCACUCCCUGCUCACAGUGCCCUGUUAACGCGCCUAAGCCACCGCCCCCAGGCUCGUGGACACGAACGUCGAUGCAGGCACACGGACAGCAGGUGAUGCGUUCCUAGGGGCUGCCUGUCUGUCUCUCCGACACGCUGACACACUGACACACGGGUGCACCCCGGGCUCUCAGAGGCCCUGGGUUUCCUGUCCACCCCCCACCCCACCCCAGUGCAGGUUUGCUGGUCAGGGGCCUUGACUGUGGGAUGCUGGGCUGGGUGAGCUUAGCGCUCUGAGGAGCGAGGACCCCGGCCUGGAUGGGCUCACAGACUGUGGGCGCCGGGCCAGGCAGCCCUGACCGCGCAUCUGCAACCCACAGUGUGUGUGGUGUGAUGACCAGGCUCCGCCCGCUCUGCAGCCCUGCCUCCCCCUGCUCUGCGGACGGGCUGGUGGCAGCAUGGGUAGAGGGGAGCUGCCCCCACACACCCCCCCCACCCCAGGACCGGCCGCAAGUUCUGUGCACCCCUCACCCCCUGGUCCAAUAUCAGCACUCCUUGGAGUGGCGCCUCCUUGCCUGGCUUCUUUCUCCGACUGUCCCCAUAACGCUGGAGAUUCACAGCAUAUCCCAGAAGCAGGGCGUGGGGGUGAGGAGACGGCGGGGCAGGGAUGGGGCUGGGCCUCCAGGGGAGCCCUAGACCCGAGGGGCCUGUAUGCCAGCAAUGCCAGUAGCAGGGGGCUUGGGGUGGGCAUGGGCAGACCCAGGAGGGAUGCGUCUUGGGGGCCACUGGGGCUGGUUGCCCCACCUAUCUUGAUGGGCCCCUGCUCUCCACGGGGUCGCCCCCAGAGUCAUGAGGAAGUGGGGUGGCAUGGCCCAUCAACAAGGCUGCAGCUUCUGCCUGACGCCCGCUGGCCCAGCCCUCUCUGUCCCUCUGUUAUUCACCUACCACUUCCUGUCACUGGGCCUCUUUGUCGUACCCUCUGUCUCUGUUUCUGUGAGGCUGACAUCUUUCCCACUGGUUCAUCCAGAAAGGGGACGGGGACUCCCGGGCGCUGACGCCGGCUGCUGUGCACAAGCCUACGGGCCUCCUGAGAAGAUGGAUUCAUAAGGCCCCCUCCCUGCAGCUCAUGGUCUCGUGGUGGUGCGGGAGGGGUUGUCACAAGUGGGAGUGAGAAAUCCAGGAACAGAGGAGUGUGUGUGCCGUGCAGGCUCACAGGCGGUCAGGGAAUGCAUCACAGCAGCUUUGAACUGGCCUUGAGGAAUCUGUAGCAGUUAUUCCAGCAAAGCAGAAGGGAAAGGUAAUUGAAGCAGAGGGAACAGCAUGUGCGAGGCUCAGAGGCUUGGAAAACCCUUGUAUGUUUUCCAAAACAGGUGAGUGGAUGUGGGGUGUGUGUCUCUCUCAGUCUGUGCAGCAGGAGGAUGGGAAUGGGUGGGUGAGGACCAUGGAGGGGACACAGAAAGGGACUCUCCUUACAGCUCCUUAGUGCUCCGCCUGGGCGGGGCAGGGGUGCUGAUGCUAAUUGCCUUCUGGGGUCACCCUUCGCUACCUGCCUUGGGCUCAGAAGUGAGGCAGUGGAGACCAGGGGACUCAGGUCUGGAGGCUGGGGGUGAGCCUGGGAGCACAGCGGAGGGCAGCUGGGACCCAGGGAGGGCUGUGGAGAGCUCGGCUGCACUGACCCCUGUGAGGGAGGGAGGUGGGUGGGCCUGAACCUGGGCAGCCCCUGAGCGCCUCGGCAGCUUCUGCAGGCCUGGGCUGGGCCUACUGGUCUGACCUCUGCAUCAGGAAGAGAGGAUGGGGUGAGGGGUUUGGGAAAGCCAGCCAUGGGAAUGUCGAACCCUCUGCUCCCUGGCCGGCAAUGGGGAGCUGAGAGCCACCCCUAGUAGGGCAGGCAGGGCUGGGGGCCUGGCAGAGCUGCUCUUCCUCAGAGGGACGGCUCCCAUGCCUUCAGUUUUGCCAUUGAAUGGCCUUGAGCAUCUGUUCCUGGUGGCCUCCAAAUUCUUCCUGAGCCUCCCCCAAACCCACACUGACACCAAGACUGUUUUCGAUCCUCCUAAAGCAUCACGGCUCAGCUCAAAGCUGGGAACACUGGGGUCUUUAUAAACAGUUCUUGAUACAGCAUGGCUCUGUGGUCAAGUCUGUGACGGCCCCUGACAAGGCCGAUUCUCUUGAGUUGAAGGAGCAGUUUAAACCCACCAGGAGUUUCCACGCUGCCUUGUAAGGGGAGCCAGGGGAUACCUGCAUCCCAGAGCGAACCUAGAGUCUCCAAGGAGACCACAGCACUGAGUGAUGGAGACUGGCUCCCUGGCUGUGGUCCUCACUCUCCUGGACACCCAGACAAUCUCCGGGGAGAAGAUUCAGAUGCCAAGGAGCCUGUGAAGGGCAGUGGAGUAGCUGGAGGACCGACCAGGACCACAGCCAGGGCUUGGCCCCCGGGCUUCCGCUGCCGCUCCAGGGGUCAGGAGAACAGCGGCACCAGCCUGUUCUUCCCGGUAGAUGCGUGGGUCUCUUCCCUGCUUUCAGGUACCCAGAGACCUCCUCUCCUUCCAGGUGGAGGUUCACUUGCUCAAAUGGCCUUGUUUACUGUACACCUUAGCCAGGCAUGCAGACGAGUGGAAUGAUGGGAUCGGGGUGCAUCCAGAUCCUGUUGAGACAGUCCACCCAGCAAGGCACCUGACCCCUGACACGUGCUCCCAGACGCUGGGUGAAUGAGGAGAUGCUAAGGUCCUGUGUGUGGGUGGUCCUCAGCAGCCAUCACCCAGCUCCUGAGAAGCACAGGAAGGGAAUUUUUCUGUCCUUUUGGGAAAGUCCAUUUGUCUCUCUCCAAGUUAGGUCUCAUUUAUAGCUUUCAGCUUCUCCGUAAUGAGGAUACUGUCCCAACCAGCCACGGGCUAAAAGAGGCUCUGUAUUUAAAAGUGCAUCAGGAACCAAUCAGACCAGAACAGGGAAACCCUGACCGUCUACAGAUUCCAACUUUAAUAGCAAGGCUGUGGAGUUACACAAACCUGUGUUAAAACUUGUAAUUUUCAUGGAUUUCAUCUCCCAUUGUGGAUCAAUUUGGAAAAACCAAAAUAUAUAAUUAAAAAAAAACUAAACUCAUUCUGAUAAUCCCAGUGAUGUGUAAAUGAGAGAGAAGAAUAGACAGGCUUCCAAACCCUGGGAAGAAAGCUGCUUAAUUAUGUGUGAGCAUCUUAUAAUGAAACCUCUUGCAGCUAAAAUUAGAUUUAGAAUGCACGAAUAUGUGAUAACGUUUGCACACCAGAAUGCAUUUUUUGGCCUUAAAAGUAGCAGGAGCAACUUGGUUCUUAGGGGGUCCCAAGAGGGGAGGUGGAAGUGCUGGGGUUGAUCUUUGUGGCUGUAAGAAUUCUUGGGGCCGAAGGUUGUUUUCUUUUGGCUGGAAAUUUGUUGGAGGCGUUUAAAAUGUGAUGCCUCCAAAGUAGUUCAUUAAGAUUUAGGGAGAAAUUGAUCGGCCUGAACCCACAUUGAUGACCACUCAAUAUUUGCCAACUUGGCCUGAACAAGGUUGAAGUAGAGUAGAGUGGAAAUAGGAUAGGGUCUGCAGAUUGAAGGGGUGGGUUGUGGUCCCAGCUCUGCUCUGCUGUGAUCUUAGACAAAGCCUUUCCUUCUCUGGUCUCAGUUCCCCAUCCAUAAAAUGAGAGAUGAGUUGGAGGUUGUUGGUUGCAUCCUCAGUGUUCAUUCCCCCAUUUCCUUUCCCAGCAGCCCCUGAUGUCUGUUGGCAGGGGUGGGUUAUGACCUGGAAUGGACUAAGUCCACACCACAUCCCAUCUCUCUGGCUACAGUGAUUUGUUCAGGCAUGGUCAUGUGAGCUAAGACAGUGGAGCCAGAGGGAAUUUCAAGGCUUUUUCUGGGAAUAGUGGGUAAAGACUUUUUAUCCACCCUGCUGGAUGUGAACAAGGACAUAGGUAAUCCUAGGUCUUGAUGGCAGCCGUCUUGGGAUCCUGGUGGGGAACCACUCCCAGCACAAAGCUGACAACUGAAGGGAGAGUCAGGAGGCAGAAGGAAACUGGGUCCUUGGUGACACUGUUAAGUACAGGAUCUCUCUUUGCCUGUGAUUGGCCCUGCCUGUGGAUGGUUUUGUUACAUGAGCCAAUAAAUUCCCUUUAUUGUUUAAGUUGGGUUGAGUUUGGUUUCUGUUACUGACAGCCCAAAGCCGUGUACAAAGGGCUUGGUUGAGAGGCCCUGACAGUCUUUGUCUCUAUGGCUGAAGUAGAUAAAGACAGAGACUAGGACAAGAAUGAGCUGUCAGAUUAGGAAGUUGCCUUUUACAGGA